GCAUGACUAAGCGUGACAAGGUACGUUCUGGGAUAUUCUGGAACGUUACCGUACAUAGGAGACGUCAUAUUGGUCAGGUGAGAAUUAAGGUAUUUAGUACAUGAGGUUGUCGCUUCCAAGGUUUUGCUCUCGUUGUUCCGUGAACGCUUCAGGUAUUGAGUCGCCUGCGAGCGUCCAGAUAUUGGGAACAAGGUUGACAGUAAUUUAUUCAACAUGGCUGAGCCAACGGCAACAUCAGGUGUCGCUGCAAAACUGCUCAAAAUUGUGGUUUUUGGAGCUACUGGUAGAACGGGAAAAGAAGUUGUAAAGCAAGCUCUGGAAAAGGGACACCAUGUAACUGCUGUUGUGAGAACACCCGAGAAAGUCGAUAUACAGUGAGUAAAUUACCUGGCAGCAGACUGCCAUUUAAUUGCCCUUGAGUGUCAUAUCAGACUCAGAUGAUACCCCCACCCUUUCCAAGGCUCGCUGUGGAGGAGAAAGUGUCAAGUAUUCACUAGUAAUUCAUGUAGAUAGCAUAUACUUGUCCGGGAUUUGAGACUAACUGGUUAUUCUCGAAAAGAGGUUACCGCAAAGUUUCCGCACAGCCCCAUACUUCAUUAUGCAUACAGUGCUUUGUUAAAAGAAAACAAUAGCGCAAACAAUAGAUUACCUUUGGGACUAUUCGCUUUGUUCUCGAGAUGUUGAAUGCGUAAUACUCUGGCAGCGUUGGAGUAAGAAAAGUUGUGUGAGCUUGUUUUCACGUUUGUUCUAAAUUGAACACUGAGAAACUGGGUCAUUCAUUUAAAAUUCAUCCUAAGCCUUUUUUGCACCUAAAUUUCAGUGAAAGUUUGCCACUUUCUUGUUGUUUUCACGCGGGUACUCUUUCCAUGUCGGAGCUCUGAGAAUACUUUGCCACUAAAUCCACUAGUGCGUGCCUUGAAAGCAAAAGUUUGGGGUGAAAAUGGGUACUCUAAUGUAAACAUCCAUAAGGCCUACCAGCUUAUAAGUUAUGUAAUGCUCAUUAAGAGGGAAAAGAGUGAGAUCGGGCUCUUUCUUCCUUUGCUAGCCUCCACAACAUCUCCAAAGUGCUGACUAUCCAUGGCUUUUACAAACUUUUUAGCCAUAAUAACCAGACCAUCUUCUUUUCAUGGUAUUCCAACAGGCAUGAAAAUUUGUCAGUAGUGCAAGGUGAUGCCUGUGACGUGGAAACUUUUGCUAGUGCACUUGAAGGGAAAGAUGCUGUGUUGUCAUCUCUGGGAGUUUAUGCUAAUAUCUUCAACCCUACAACAUUCUACACCACAACCUUCAAUGAAAUAGCACAGGGAAUGAAAAGGUAAAGGUUCUAAGUUGCUUAUGACACAUUUUGGAAUUUACAUGGUGAAUUGAUGAUUUGUGGCCUGAUUUGUCCUUGCAACAUGAUUAACAGGACUAUAAAAAUGCAUGUAUCAAUAUCAAUCACAAGGGAAAAAUUUUAGUUUGGUCUUAUAUCAGUAUUGUUAAAUGGAUAUCAAGAAGCAUGAAGACCUGAGAGCUAGUUUUGGCAGCUAGUCUUCCAAGGUUGUUUUGAUGAGAAAUCACUUGAACACAUACAAUGCUAAUCAAUUAUUCAUGAAUGAUAUGCUUAAUAUAGAAAAGCCACAAAUUGUUCUUUAACACGAAUUAUUAUUUUUUGUACAUUAGGCCAGAGGUUAGGCUUCCAGUAUGUGAUCUGAGUUCCCUCAAUUUGUCCCCCACAGUUGUCAAAUUUUAAUAUUUUGUGACCACAUUUGAAGAGAAGCAAAAUGUGUGACAACGAAAGUUAACACACUCAAGUUAUUUUAAUAUUCUAGGUGUGAUAUAUAUUGAAAAUUAUAAAUAAAGUUUAAUCAUUAUCAAUAUUAUUCAUUGUUUCCUAUGAUCUAGAAACAAAGUCACUAGACUAAUAACUGUCACAUCAUGGUGUACUCGGCCAGGACCAAAUAAUUCUUGGUUUGUGGAAUGGAUUCUAAAACCAAUCUUCCUUAAUGGUGUUAUCAAGAAUAUGGCAGAAAUGGAGGAACUGUUGGAGAGUUCUGAUCCUGAUCUUUUAAACUACACAAUUGUCAGGCCUUGUGGUCUAGGCUUAGGUAAAUCUGUGACUCUACAAAAACACAUUUAACUUUAUUUUUUGCUAAGAUUUACAAGUUCAUCCAAUAAAAUAAUGUGCAACCAAACAUGAUUAUUAUAAUUAUAAUAAUCAUGUUUGGUUGCACACACAUUUAGUUUUAUGCUAAAUGUUGAGUUUUAGAUGGCCUGCCUUAAAUUCGGGGCCAUCCUGACUCAUCUUGGCUUGCCCUACAACUCCAGUUUUUGUUUCCAUAUGCUUCCUGAUUUUAUAUUUUGGUAGAGAUCUUGUAAUCAUAGAAAUAGCUGAUUGGCUAGAAUGGUUGGAGACAAUCUGAAAAAAAGUAUGUUACAUCUAUAUUUUAAUGAUGACCUGUCUUGGAGUUUUUCUAUGGUCAGUUAGAAAUCAGGAUAGGAAAUUUAAAUAAUCAAUUUUCCCUUGAGAGUGAUCAACAUUUUGAACUCAUUAACAAUCCUUUAUCACUGAUGUAGCCAAAUUUAGUAUCCAGAAAAUCUUGAACAGAAACCUUUCCCAGUAUAUCGGUUACAUCUUGAAAAGCAUGGAAACAGUAAAACUUAGUCUGUUUUUAAUUUCCUUUGCAUAUGAAAAACAAUCUUAACAUUGAGGGAGCAAGCUAAUACAAACUUGCUCAACAUACAGAUUUUAAUGGGACUUGUGCUUUCCAGGUGAAAAGACAGGAAAUUACAAGGUUGAAGAAGGGCAGUGUAACACUGGAACAACAAGCAAGAUCACUCGCGCAGAUGUUGCAGAUUUUAUGCUAAAAACUUUAGAAAGCAAUGAGUACGACAGGAAGGGAUUUGCAAUUGCUGGACUGUGAUUGAUAAUUUUUAUUACCUUAUUGUCUUUCAUGAAAGGAAUGAGCACAGAGGAAUUUCUCCUAACAAUAUAAAUACAUUUUAAGGCAAAAAAGGUUGUAGAGAGAUAUAAAAAUACAUCAGCUUUAGGGAUAUUGUUUCAUUUAACACCAAAUUAUUAGAGUUAAAAUUAUAUCAAAUGUAUGAGAGACAAUGCAAAUGAUUGAUAUUAAGAUUUUGGGAUUGGAAGAGUUAACAUAUCAUAAUGGUGGGAAUUUGCUGAUAAAUUCUUGAUAACUUAAGUUUCUGCUACAUAGCUUAACCCUUUAACUCUCAGAAGUGACUAAGAUGAAACUUCUCCCUGUGAUUCCCAUAAGUUUCUAGCAAAUGGUUAAUGAGAAUACUAAAACUUAUCAGGAAGGAGCUUUUAUAUUGAUAUAACACCAAGUUCUCAUAACUAAUUUACAAGGAAUUGUGUAGCAGCAAGAGGAGAGAAUUAACAAUCAGAUCUUGAGAGUUAAAGAGUUAAGAAAUUUGAUAAUACCAUGGUUAUGAAAAUGCGGAAUCUGUCAUGGAGUUGAUUUAUAAUGUUAACAAAGAAAGGCUCUGGGAUUGAUUUAGUGAUAUAUCCACAGUGGUAAGGUGAAGUAGCAGAAGGUGAUAAGAGUGGUUUAUUGAUUGACCUGCAAUAGAGCCAAAACUAAUGGUACAUGUAACUACAAUCUUAAAAUCAGGUGUUUUAUUUCUUAGUUAGAGCUGACUUUUGUCACAAUUAAAAAAAUUAAAAGAGAAUACCUGAUCAAAGGUUAGAAUGAACAGCUGAAGAUACAUGUUGUAAACAGGUAUUGUUAAAUCUAUUUUGUGGUUUCCUCAAAAUUAAUGUGUUUAUAAAAAGUUUUUAAAAAAGGAUUUUUGCCUUUUCCUUUUUUAUCAUAUCUUUGUUUGUUAACUUUCCAUUUGUCUCCUAUUAUAUAUGGUGUUCAACUCUAAUGACUGGUCAAACUUACUCCAAAAUGGCUUAAUAACUGAGCUGACAUUUAAAAGACAACUUCAACACUGGGUUUUUACGUGUUUUUAUUCUCUUUUUUUAUGUGUUUUCAUUAAACAUCUUCAGAAACUAAGUAGCUAAUUGUCUUGUAUAAAUUUUAAGAAUUAUUGGUUGUGUGUGCAUGAGAUACGUGAAGAAUUCUUGCACAGAACACUCUUCGAUGGAAAAUAAUCGAAAACCCUUCCUCCUUUUCCGCUCGCCUCGACCCGAGAGAAAAUAUGGACGUAGAAGGCCUGGGUUUAAAUCAUUUGCCAAAGAUCCUUUGCGUGUCGAAGAAUUCAACAUGGCGGACGAAAUUGAAGUUCGGAUGCCAUUGAAACUUGUUGUCUUUGGUGGAUCUGGGUUAACAGGCAAGGAAGUGGUGACUCAGGCACUAGAUCGUGGCCAUCAUGUUACAGCGAUAGUUAGAUCUCCGGAGAAAAUACAAGAACGGUAUGCCAUAAAUCUAAAAGUCUGUUGUUUAAAGUUUUUCACCACAUCUGAACACAGCUGAUAACUAGAACUUCAAGCAGGCAAGCUAGAGAGGAAAGUAAAACAUAAAAUUCAAAAAAUUUUAUUGCUAUAGUCAUAGAAACUACGAAUAUUUCGUUUGACAAAUGGAACUUACACGACAUUUUCAUGAUUCUCAGCCGAAUAGGCCUCAAACAAGUUUAUUUUUUGUAUCUAAUUCGAGGGUAGUAUCCUUCCCUUUUAGGCAUCCCAACUUAGAGCUAGUUAGAGGCGAUGCUUGUGAAUUGGAGAGUUUUUCUGCAGCACUGGAGGGGAAGGAUGCUGUAAUUUCUUGUCUAGGAGUUUUUGCAAGUAUCUUCAACCCAACAACUUUUUACUCAGAGUCCAUGUUUGCCAUUUUGGGAGGAAUGAAAAGGUUUGUAACUGUUAGUAUAUUACGUCGACACUAUUAUGUAGAUUUUUGUACCAGGUAAUUGCCGUAUUUAUCGGGAAGAUACGCAAGUCGUGCAGCGUACAUAAAGUGCAGCACACAUAAAGUGCAUUGAGAAGAUAGCUGUUGUAGAAGAAAAAACAAUUUUCACGAUUUCUAAAGGUCAGUUAUAGGUGUCUGGAAUUUAUCUUUUUGCAUAAUAUAUCAUGUAAAUUUUUUUGUCAAGUUUGUUUAGAAUGUUAACAGACUGAUGGCUUUCUUGAUUUCUUCUCUCUUUAUUCAUGAUCCUGAAUACACAGUCAGUGGCUUUCUAGUUCCUUCUUUUUUUGGUAGUAGCUAUCUUACCCUUUAACUCCUAAGAUCCAGUCACUAAUUCUCUCUUCUGCAUCAGCGCAUUUUAUUUCAUUAAUUUCCUCAUGUAUGAAGCAAAGAAGUAGGUGUCGUGAUCCACCUUUAAACUGAUAAGCCAUUCUGUUUGUAUCACCUGUUUGCAAGAUAUUAUAUUGAAAUUACAAAGCAAAAGGAAGUGAAGAACUUCUGCAGUUUAAAAUGUUGAACAACCUAAAAUAUAUUUUGAGAUUAUAAAAUCAGAUCAUCCAAUUGAGUCAGUGCUUGGUUUGUGAUUCAUACUGUAUGGUUUUUGGGCUCUAAAUUAUAUAUCAGUGGAAACAAAUUGGCAAUUUUGGGUGGUGAAUCAUUUUUAUGGUGAUAAGGUGUUAAACUAAUCCAAAGAUCAUAGUUUUCUUAUCACUGGGAAAUAAAUGGUCUUGUUGAGUAAUUUCUAGCAAAGCUUAUUUCAUUUUUCCAGUCUUUUAAGAUGUAGAAUUUCCAAUAUGUUUUGGCGUUAAGAGUAAUUGGUUGUGAUAGUUCUUUAAUGAAAUAAAUGUAAAACUGAGAUGGUUAUUGAGCAGAGCUGUCAAAUAAAAGUUGGUAGCCAACGAAAACCUCUGACUUUUUGCCAUUGUAAGCCUUCUUCGCUCUUCUCACUUCAGAGUAUUUAGGAAUGAAAAAUCAUGCCAUUAUUGAAAUACCAUUGAUGGAAUUUAUGCAUGUGCUAUUUCCCACUUUUGAGUGGAACUGAAAGACAAUUUACCUAUAACAGGUUUAGAUGCGUGAAUCAAUUCCAUGUUAAGUGUUUCCUCAAAGUUUCAUGUGUACUUUGUGCGCCUGGGAUAUUCUAACUGAAUGGUUCCCAGUCCUGCGUGUAAUAUGACGUGGCCACUUAUUGUUAUUUGCCUCUGCUUUCUGAUUUAUAGACAGCUGUGUUUGAAUGAUACAAGAUUAAUUUAUUUAUCACUCAACUUACAGCACAUGAAACGUGAGUAACGUUCAGCAGCAUGACGUCAAAAAAUUUAAGUGAGAUUAAAUUUGUGGACUUUGAUACUUAGGUAUGGAAGGAAUUUUUUGCAUACUUUUUGCAUCAUAUUAAGUAGUGCCUGCUGCCAAGUUUGGGAAUAAUAGAGCUCUUGAUUAUUUAAAAACUGUUAUAAGUUUUUCACUGCACCUCUUCUUACUGACACAAUUAAUAUGACAUUUUUAUCUAACUAUUUCCAUCAGUAAUAGGUGGAAAAUAAGAUUCCAUUGCUUGCCGCACAACAGAAAUCCUGGCAGAAUCCAGUUUAGACUUGACAUAUGCAUACUUUUAAAAUUUGUAGUGACGCAUGAAUGAAAACGCACCCACGCAUGCCAAAUAGAGAGUUUCAAAUGACAUCAACAGUUAUCGUAAGCUCUUAUACCAGUAGGAAGGUCAGAAUUCCUAUUAAUCUGCAUGUCUUUCAUGUAGAUUGAUAGGAAUCCCCCCCAAAUUUUGUUUAAUCGUGAUAUUCUUAUCCUUCCUCAAUCUUUGGCACAGUUCCCUCUCGCGUAAAGAGAUUAGAUAGUAUUACACAAAAUUUACACUUCUUCUUAACACUUUUAUUGAUUGAAGGGUCAAUUUAAUCUCACCUAAAAUUUAAAGAUGAUCUUUGUCCAUAUAGAAUAAGUCCACUCAGAAUGUGUUGUAAUCAUUACAUUUGAAACAUCCAAUGAACCCUCCCAGCCACAGUGACUUGCCAAUCUUAAAUGAUGCCUAUGCAUUUAUUUUGCUCAUGUAUUUAGUGUUGCGUUGAUUAUUUUUCAUCUGUAUUUCUUCCAUUAAGAGUAUAAUUAUUGUUGAUUAGGUCAUUGCCACUGUAAUUCUGGCAAUCAACAUGACAUCAAAUACUUCACUUAAUUUAUGAGGAGUUCUAUUCUUAGAAACACAAUGAAAUUUUGUGAAUGUUUUGCGCAAUCGCAGAAGUGUGCAUUACUGACAAUUAACAGGAUAGACUUCCUGAUGUGCUCAAAAUGACUUUUAAUUUGCUGUUUUCUACUGCAGCUCUUUCUACAAACUAAACUUUCUGGCAUUUAGACCAACUUUUCUUGGUUACUAGUAGCUUCAGGAAUGCAUAAAACAUGAAAAAAUUCCAUUUCUUGACUUAGAACACAAGUUGUUGUGGCGUACCUGUAAACUAGCUUUUUAACUAAGUGUACCAACCACAUUUAAUACAUUGAUCGAUUGAUAUAUUGAUUGAUUUCAUUUUAAUUAGACCUGACGCACUUAACCUAUGACAAUGCUCAACCUUUGAGCCACUCACCCACACAGAGAAGACACUCUUACAUAGUAGCACUUCUCUUGAGCUUUGUGGAGGGUCAUUAAUUUUUUCCCUGAAAUUAAGGGUUAUCUUCCUUUUAGAGUAAAAUUAUGCUUGAAUACAGGAAAAACACUCAAUAAAUGUUGAGUUAAUCUUUUCCCUAGCUUAUGAAAAUAGUCUCUUCCUGCUCAACAGACUAAAUUGAUCUAAAUUAAUCCCUUGACAGGAAUGGAGUAAAAAGACUUGCAGUAAUGACAGCAUGGUGCACUCAGCCAGGCCCAAACAAUCGUUGGCUGGCAGAUUGGAUAGUCAACCCCCUGUUCCUGAGUGGAAUGAUAAAAGACAUGACCACUAUGGAGAAAAUGAUUGAGAAAACUAACCCACAGGAGUUGAACUACACAAUAAUCAGACCUUGUGGAUUAACUAAUGGUAAGCUGCAUGAUAUGCAUCAAUUUGCUGGCUUGCCUGCAGUUUAGGCAUGCUGUAAUUAAGGUUAGAGAAUGGUCCUUGUCAUCCAGUCAUUAUUUGGAUUUUUGUGGGUGCCAUUUUAAUUAGACUUGAAAGAAUUGGGCUUGAAGUAAAAGAAAGCUUUUCCCUCCAGCAAUGGAGGGGGGGGUUUUAAAUCGGCCAAAAAAUGGAAGGGAAGGGGAGGGAAGGGAGGAGUAUUCUUUUUAUACUACCUUUCUCACUAAUUUUGUAUUCAUUUUGUAUAGUAAAUCCAACAUGUCACCUCUUGAAGGCAGACUACGAGCAAUCUCUCUCUUUUGGCAAAGUCUGUUACCCUGAAAGAAAAUACUGCUUGUAGUUCACUUGAAGUAAACAUUUAAGACCUGAGAACACCAUAUGUAAGUUUUUUUUCCCCGCAACUUGCAUGUAGCGGAAUGUUUUAAUACCAAAUCACAAUAACUGGUAUUGACAUCCCCUCAGGAUUUGAAACAUCAACUUCUGUCACAGGUGUUGAAAACUUGGCACGCAAGUUAUAAUAAGUUUUCAGUUCUGUCAGAACUGUCUACAACUUCUACCAACACUGAGUGACUGAAAAUAAUCCUAUUCUUCUUGAAUUGAAUGUUAAACCAUCAAAUGUUACCUCCUCCUCCCAGCUUUAUCAAACAGUCUGACAGUUUUUUGGUACUCAUUUGUACUCCUGGGUGAGGAGAGGCUCUGUGAGAGAGAAAUGUUCUGUCCAAGAACAGAGCACAGUUAACAUGCUAGUUCCCCUAUGCUUGAGUUCAGCAUGUUUAACAUGGGUUCAGUUGUACCUCCUACCCUGUUAAAAAGUUGCCUUCAAUCUGAAGGAUGUGUACCUCCCAUGGGGACUCUAUCACAGCUUUGCCCUGUCAACCAUUACUAAUUGAACUUUUACUGGUGCAAACAAUUUUACUUUCCUAUGGGUGUACUCUUGGAUUAGUGUACUCUGAGUUCGUCUCUUCUAUUUGUGAAGCUGUAACAACAGACUUGACCCUGAAGUUAACGACCUUACUGAUUUUCACAUUUAGAGCGAAUGUCGCCUUACUUAGACAGGAGAUGAACUUCUAUUGCAAUCUCUGUUAAUAAAACUGUUUGUAGGAAGAAGUAGCAGUAUCAUUCUAACAUAGUUGUUAUAUUAAAGCUUGCAUCUCAGGCUCUGGUCACCUGGGAAUGAAAUCUCGCUUUCUUUCUUCCGUUAAAUAUAGAUAUCUUCCACUGAUAUUCUGGGUCAAAAUACUGACGAGAGGAUCGACCUUAUUUUGUAGGUAAACGGACUGGAAUGUAUAAAGUCGAAGAGGGACAAUGUAACACAGGCACAAACAUAUGGAUGUGUCGGGCAGAUGUGGCGGAAUUCAUGCUAAAAGUUUUGGACAGUAGCGAGUACGACAGAAGAGGAUUCGCUUUGGGCGGGUUAUAGAAGAGCAGAUGGAUAACCAAGCAAUGUAUCCCGGUAGCUCUAAUGUAAAGAUGCAUCUACAUUAUGUGCCAUAUUGAUAUGUCACGUCAAUUUAUUAGACACGAGAUCUUUUAGGCCAAUUUUUUUUUAAAAGGGCAGAAGUCUGCGCUAAUAUGCAUGAUUGCAAACUCUGCAACAACAAAACCAACAACGAUAGCGACAUAUUUGUUCUUUUACAUAUUUUCAUGAAAAUAUGAAGUCAGUUUGCACUUAGCGAGGAUAGUUAAAGUGCACAGUGUAACCUACACAAAAAAUCAUAGAACUCAAGACAACACUGCAAAUAUCAUGAUAAAUAGAUGUAUGAAAAAAUUUGCAGGGUAAAUGUUACAAAGAUGUCGAUUACAGAAAUUUGUCAAUGAAUUAAAGGUAUUAGUCGAUAAUAAGUCGAUCACAGCGAUUGUUUUGAUCAUAAUUCUCAAUUUUCGAGCUAUAUCCACGAAUCUCGUUUUAAGUUAGACUAAAAUAGAUAUAACAUGAAAUACAUGUCGGGAAGAAUUACAAUAAUGACCGCUAUAUAACGGAGAGAUCAGUUAAAGAAACGGGUACAACUAGAUACCGUGGGGAAAAAUGAGCGCUGAAAAAUGAUUAACCUAAAAAAGCUAGGCAGUUAAACAGGGGGGGUAUAAUUUAGACUCGUUGUAGUCAAGAGAAACGAACUGGUUGAAAAUUGUAAAUUUUGUCACUUACUAGUAAAUAUAGAUCGGAAAUACGUCGAGGCGUUUUGAGGCAAACUCUGAAGCCUCCAUGGCAGAAGCGCAGGUUAAAACCCAACUUCCAUCUUAGUCUAGAGUAGUUUUUCAAGAUCCAUUGUAGACGGUGUGAUUUUGUAUACUAUUCCAAACGGAAAGAUCACAGAAGAUCAUAAGAGACGCGUUUUACGAAAAUACACAGAGAAUGCUUUCGCCAUACUCGAUGGUAAUUCAACAAGUUGCGGUUCAUGGCCGCGACUUUCAUCACCACAGUUGUUUGAAAUAAGAAUUGAGUUUAUAAAAAGAAAAUUGUGUAUAAUGAAUGAUUGACUAAAGAAUUUGGUUAUGGAAAAGUGAACAAACACACAGCGUGGGAACAACUUGAUAGGUAGUCGGUUGAAUAAGUUUAAGAAUUAGAUAUGGAAUAGCUGAAGUCAGGAAUGAAACUGUAGGUGAAAAUCGGGACCAUUUGUCACUUACUCGUAACAAUUAGAUGGUACUUUUAGUCGUUUCGGCGAACUUUUAAGCCGUCCAUGACCAAAGCUGUAGAUAAAAACCGCCGGUAUAGCAUCUGGGUUAGUGGUCAAGGUCAUUAGCAAACAGUGCGUUUUUGUUUGCUGUGGUUAAACGGAAAGAUAACGGCGAAGCGGAUUUCCGAACUCUAAAAUGCUUUCUUGAUGCUUUAUCAUUAUCCUUGAGUGUCAUUUCAACAGUAGAAUGUGGGUUUUGACCACGUAAAAGUGUUCGUCCUUGAGCAACCGUCGCUUCAACAUCUUUUCCUUGAAACUUGGAUGUUUGUGAAAGAUCUGAGCGUAGGAAAUGGCUUUAAGUCAUCGCAGAAGUCUGAAGUCACGCGCAGACAGUUUGUCAUUGUUUUAUUUUUUAACUUUUAUUUUUAGUAUUUAAUUGGCACGCUCAGCUUUCUCGAAACUGAUGAAGGCUUUAGAGUCCGCUAAAACGUGUUGAAGUAUCACUCAGUUAGUGCAAGUCAAUGAUGAAAAACAACUACUGUCAACUUGGAGUGUAAGUUAAUGAAGAAAGGGAGGGAGGGAAGUUAGCUUCUAGAUGUGAAGAACAGGUAGUUGAUUAAAAAACAAGAGAUGUUUAAAGUCCAGUGCAAAUUUAUUUCCUGUUGGAACUCUGUUCCCCACUAUUGUCAGAUUGACCUACGAUUUCGUAAGGUCGUUCCACUCCUAAAAAGGAACAAGGACCAUCUUGAUCGGUGAAAAUGUCACAGUUUAGAUAAACACCCAUGAGUUUGUCGAGAUCACCGGCUUUCCAUCUUUCAUUGUUAAUGUAAAUUUAGGAUGAAGAUACUCUUGCUUAAAUUAGGGUUUCUCCUGUGAAGCUACUUUUUCUUUUUCACAGCGAUAAAACUAUAGCUGUGUUGCGCCAAUUAAAGAUUUGUUUUGGGC